UUUUUCCAUAACUCCUCAUAAGUUACUGUUAUAAAAUAUUUAAUAUUAUAGACUGAGCCAAUCAAUGUAGAAUAGGCUAUGUCAUUUCUUUGUUCAGUUCUCAUCAUGCAGUAUCUGUAGAGGCUGUUAAUUUGUUACCUGUGAUUUGAUCAAUAAGUUGCAAAUAAGGUGUAAUGUUAUAGGCCUAUUAUUUUUCCUCAACUUCUUGAAGGUGAUCUUCAUUUUUGAUUUUCAGAAUAGCCUAUGAAUCUUAUAGACCUGGCUAAUCAAUGCAUAAUACGCUGUCUUUUUAAGGUUGCUUAGGUUAAGUCUGUGUGAUUUUAAAAAUUUAUCAACGCUAGCCUAUGUCAUGAACAGUAAAUUGACAAAACAAAAUCGGUUACUUAUAAAAUUAUUAGGCCUAUAAAAAAAUUGAAUUGUGUACCAUUGUCAAUGUUACACAACCUAAUCAAGGCCAACCUAUAGAACCUAACCUUUCAGAAUUUUUUGGUUAAAAACUGAUAUAUUCACGACACAGUUAAUUUUUUUAUAAAGCAUUUUUAUGUACCCUCUAAAAUCACUGGUAAAAUGGGUAAAUACUGGUGAAAGUAUAAAUCCCCAUUUUUAUUUUUUUAAAUAUUUUGUUUUAAUAUUAUAAAUACUUGUUCCAGAAUUCAGAAAAUAAGUUCUUCAGCAAUUAGCUCUUCUGAGAGCUACUACUAACAGCAACCGAGACAUGUUGGAAUCAAUAUUGAAAUCUCAAAAUCAAAAUACAGACCCCUGGUCAAACCAGCAGCAUGAUGAAAUCAACUUUGAUCCGGCACGAUUGUCAAUGAAGACUGAGGAGAGUCUGCUCAAAAUAGAAGAGGAGCUGAGAGAUAAUCAUUCCAAAAAUAACAUGGUCAACUACCUGAGUAAAAUUGGCGAAAACAGCAUAAAUGACAUGACGAAAAGAAUAAUGAGAAGACUUAUUGGUGAUGAAUUAGCCAAAGACUACAGCUGGUUUGGUGCGAAAGGGAAAAAACAGUUUUCAAUUCUUCAAAGUGCCAGAGUCCUUGAGGAAGCUGUUAAGAUGGGGUUUCAAGAAGCAACGGAAAAAACGAUUGAAGAGGCCACCAAAAAUGGUUGAGGCAUGCUCCUGAACGUCAAACCGGAAAACAAAAACGGUUCUUGUAGUAGCUGUAGUAAAACAUCUAAAAUUGCAUCAUAUAUUUGCCAUAAAACAAAACAAAAACGGUGUUUGUAGUAGCUGUAGUUAAACAUCUAAAAUUGCAUCAUAUAUUUGCCAUA